CUCUCUCUCUCUCUCUCUCUCUCUGUCUCUAUCUCUGUCUCUGUCUCUGUCUCUGUCUCUGUCUCUGUCUCUGUCUCUGUCUCUGUCUCUCUCUGUCUCUGUGUGUGCGUGGAGCCUCACUGCCUUGCCGGGAUACGUUGCAGUGUAGAGUUUGAGGAAGGAAAUAGUCAAAGCUACAAUGGGCCAACAGAAUGGAGUAUAACAUAGAUUGUUAUAAGCAUUUUGCCUGGUUGAAAAAGGUAAACCAGCGGUCCCCUGUGAACGGUGAGACUAACCAAGAACGGUUGACACGCUUAGAGGGAGACAAAGAGUUCCUUGUCCUCCAGGUGAGCGUUCUGACGGACCAGGUGGAAGCUCAGGGAGUAAAGAUCAGUGAUCUGGAAAGUUCUCUGGAGGAACACCAACACAAGCUCAACUCUACAGAAGAGAUGCUGCAGCAGGAGCUCCUUAGCAGGACGUCACUGGAGAGUCAGAAGUUGGACCUGAUGGGAGAGGUGUCCUACCUGAAACUGAAGCUGGUGGACAUGGAGGAGAAACAGAUUAAUGGAGUAGCAAGGAAGCAUAAAGCAGAGGUCAUACUUCAAGAGCUCAGACUUCUCAAGGAGAAAGUAGACCAUCUUGAAGACCAGAAGUCCCAGUAUGAGAGGAGACUCAAAGCAGCAAAGGCACAGAUAUCAGACCUCCAGCAACUCCUGCUCAGUAAGAAUGCAGAAAUAGACAGCCUGCACGCACAGCUCCUGGCCAGACCACUGUCCGCUGAGACGUCCGAGAGAGACCAGGAGCUCCAAAGGUUAAAGACUGGGAUGGAGAUGCUGCUGGUUGCCAAUGAUGAAAAGGACCGGCAUAUUGAGGAGCUCACACUGCUCUUAGUCCAGUGCAGACAGUUCAGAGAUGUAACCCCAAGACAAGCUCCACCCACUGUCCUCUCAGUAUCCAAUGAGAGGACUCUGUCGAGCAGCAGCGAAGAAGAGGAGCAUGGAGUGGUGAUGACAGUUCCUCCCAGUGCACUCCCUGAGAACACAAAGACUGAGAUGUCCUUCAGCGGUUCGUCCCCCCAGCUUGUGUCCAACCUGCCAACCCAGAAGGGGAGAGAACUCUGGACGCAUCCCCGACUUUUAUCAAGCAGUAUGGACAACCUACAGAAUGGAUCUUCACCGAAGAAUGGGCCUGUAGAUAACAGGUGCCAGACCUUGCCGGUGAAGUCCUCCCUACCAGAGCAUAAUGGAGAGUGCAGUGAGACACCGAGCCAGAGGUCUCUAGAGGGGAGUGAAGACGGAGACUCAAGAAAGAUAGAGAAAAUGGAUGACACCUCAUCCUCUGACCUUUCACCCCAGUCAUCAGGGGCGGAGUCAGGUCAACAGACUAUUGGCUCUCCAGAGCACCUGAAGAACAAUAACAGUAUCAGAAAACUCUGGGGAAAGAUCAGGCGGACCCAGUCAGGGGGUCUGCAGGGGGAGGACCUGGAACCAAACCAGUUUAGGAGAGGGGGGCUGCGUGCCACAGCUGGGCCAAGAUUGACCCGGACCCCUGAGUCUGGCAGCUCUGUUCGGGAUAUGAACACACCAUUCGGCCAGUGGACCAGGGAGCAGGUGUGUGGUUGGCUGGAGGACUAUGGUCUGGGCCAGUACGUCAACCUGACCCGGCAGUGGGUCGACAACGGACAGACGCUCCUGUCCGCAAGGCCACAGGACUUUGAGAAGGAAAUGGGUAUCAAACACCCGCUACACAGGAAGAAACUACAGCUGGCCCUAAGGGGGUUCAGUACUAAAGCCCUGGAAAAGUCAUCUGAACUAGACCACAUUUGGGUUACACGAUGGUUGGAUGACAUAGGCCUUCCUCAGUACAAGGACCAGUUCCACGAGGGGCGAGUGGAUGGCAGGAUGCUCCAGUAUCUCACCGUGAAUGACCUGCUUUUCCUGAAGGUGACCAGUCAGCUCCAUCACCUCAGUAUAAAGUGUGCUAUCCACGUCCUCCACGUCAACAAGUUCAACCCCCACUGCCUCCGACGCAGGCCUGGAGAGGAGAGGAACCCCUCUCCUUCAGAAGUGAUCCAAUGGUCCAACCAUCGUGUGAUGGAGUGGCUUCGGGCGGUGGACCUGGCUGAGUAUGCACCCAACCUACGGGGCAGUGGGGUCCAUGGAGGUCUCAUUAUUCUGGAACCAUGGUUCACCUCUGAGACCCUGGCCAUGCUGCUGAACAUCCCACCUCAGAAGACCCUGCUCCGCCGCCACCUGGCCACCGCCUUCACCGCCCUGGUGGGGACACAGGCCACUCUGGACAAACGGGAUUAUGCCAACGCCACCGGCCAUGCACCCCUCACUACCGCCGCCAAAGUCCGGCCCAAGAAGCUUGGUUUGACCCACUUCAGUCACCUGAGGAAGAGGAGCCCAGAUAAUUUGGCGGACUACAUCUGCCCGAUAGACAGUGGGGGCCUUUCGGUCAUGAAUGGGGUUUCCCACCGGCUGUACGCAGGGGUCCGUGGCCUCAGCCCCAUCCUGGACAGCGAGUCAGAGAAGCGGGAGCAGGUGGGGCCCAAAAGCUGACACUGACGCUCCCCUCAGCCAAUGACUGCAAAUCUUAUGGCUUUUAAACCCCGCCCCACAUGCCUACGUAAACAUAUCCCUGCUCUCCCUGAAUCAAGGUGCUGAUUCAGUGUCAAUUCUAAAGCAGUGUUUUUACCAAAUGGUGAUUCACUGGACAAGAUACUGUGUGUGUGUGCAUAUAAUGAAUAUCAGCAGGAUGUGCUAAUUGGGUAUUUGCUGGAUGAUAAUUAGCUGGAUGUGCUAAAUACAUGUUUACUGCAUAUGCUUAUUAAGUAAUUGACCUGGAUAUGUUGAAAUCAUGACUGACCUGACAGGCUAAAUGAGGAUUCAUAAUGCUAUGUUUGUAUAAUGGUUCCCUUUGAAAGCUGCUCUCUGCAUUCCUGGAAAAACGAGAUGGAUUAAAUGUUCCUAUCUUCUGCCAUUGCUUCAGAACACGACCUUUAUGAUGUUACUGACCAUUGUAGUCUUCCUCCUUACCUUGCUGGAUUUAUCUUCGCUAUUAGCUGCCUUUCUUGAGUUAUGGUACAAAAUGAAUACCUUUUCUGUAAGCUUGUUUGAUUUAUUUUGUGCUAUAUUUAAUAAUUGGCAAAUUCACGAAAUGAGGUGCUCUCAUGAAAAUUCAGGUUUGCACACAAUACCCAACUCAACUGGCCUAUAAUUAUAUAUUGAAAAUAAUUUUCAGGUGAUUGUUUGGUUAAUUUGAAUCCUAAAUGCAUUAUUUAAUGUGGUGUAAGGUGAGUGGGUUAAAGGCCACACUAGCCAAUAUUGACUCUGAAGCAGAGUGCUCUUGCGGACUGACUCCACGAUAACACACAUCAUGGAUUAUAGACGAUGCUACAGCGGCUUCAAAUAAUUAUUCCGUCAAUGCACACCUGAAGUUAACGGCAUUGCUACAUCUGUACUAUUGUAUACUAUCAUGGGACUGGUAAACCAUGAAUGCUGACGUUUUCAGAUUGCUGAUUAAUGUUCCAUCCACUGAGGACAGUUCUGUCUCCAGCUCAGACUCUGAGGAAAACAUGAUGAGGUUUCAGCAUUGUUUUUUCAGAGAACUGAAGACUGUUUAUCAUUACAAUAAGUCAUUUUCCCUCAUGGUGUUUGUGACACUAUGGCUCAAGUUACAAUGCUACAGUAGGUGGAGUAUAAUUCAGUAUGUUGGACUGAAUUACCAUGCGCCUCCAUGUUAUUGCAAUAUUAUGGUCUUCAUUGUAUCCUCAGGUCCAUCAUUAAAGUUAUACUUUA